AUGGAAUUUAAUUCGAAACAUCGAAAAUUAUCAAAAAAUAAAAAUUUCGUUCGUACUCCUUCAUCUACUAAGACCAGGUUAACAAAAAAACGAACUGUUAUAAGAAAACGAAAAUGUGUGUGCUUACCAGAAAAUUAUUCAGUGGUUGAAUUUCCUCCUAUUUGGAAUGAGCUUAGAUUAAACGAUCAACUAUGCGACGGCACAAUAGUUUGUCGAGACAUGAAAUCAAUUUGCGUUCACCGAGCAAUUCUUUCCGCAGUCAGUCCGUAUUUUAAAGUCCUUUUUAUAAAUUCCCUGAAGAAGGGAGAGCCAGAAGAAAAGGAAAUAUUUGUAGAUGUUCCGAGUUGUUACAUGGGUUUAAUUCUAGACUACGCAUAUACCGGUACGUGUUCUGUAACAGCUGAUAACGUGCAGUGUUUAUUACCAUAUGCAGAUCAAUUCGACGUCGUCGGUGUCGUACAGUUGUGCUGCCAGUUUCUACUAAAAGAACUGCAGCCCCAUAACUGUCUUGGAAUAUUUAAGUUUGCUAGAUGCUAUUUUUGUAACGAUUUAGAAAAAAAGGGAAAACUCUACAUAAGACAACAUUUUUCUAAAGUUUUAAAAGAAUGUAGCGAAUUUAAAUCGUUGUCAUACGAAGAAUUGGAAGAUAUACUGAGAGAUGACGAACUCAAUGUACGAAAUGAAGAAGUCGUUUUUCAAGCAAUCAAGACGUGGGUAGAACACGACUUAGAGAAUAGAAGAAAGUUUAUACCUUCUCUAUUAACUUGCGUACGUUAUGGUCACAUCAGUUAUAAAUACUUUAAGUCGAAAAUACUACAAUGGCAGCCUGUGGUGGAAGAUGAGAAAUGUCAAGAAGCGUUGUACCCAGCGGUUGUGUUCCUGACAGUUUUGGAUUCGCGGCCUGAAACCGAAGCAGAUCUAAACGAUCCGUUGGCGAGGCCACGCAUCCCGUAUGAAAUUCUCUUCGCUGUCGGUGGUUGGAGCGCCGGGAGCCCAACGAGUUUUGUAGAAACUUAUGAUACCAGAGCCGACAGAUGGUUCCUUUCAAUCCACAUGGAUCUCUCUCCACGCGCCUACCACGGCCUCUGUGCCCUUAAUAACUUCAUAUACAUGAUUGGUGGGUUUGAUGGUAGUGAUCAUUUUAACACAGUGCGGUGCUACGAUCCUGUCACCAACACUUGGCACGAACGAGCCUGCAUGUAUCAAGCCAGGUGUUACGUUAGCGUCGUUGUUCAUGAUGGUCUUAUUUACGCACUAGGGGGUUAUAAUGGAAGGACUCGGAUGUCCUCAGUAGAACGAUACUAUCCAGAUAAAAAUCAAUGGGAGAUGACCACUUCUAUGAAUAAACAGCGUUCGGACGCCAGUGCAGCAUCUUUGGGUGGAAAGAUAUAUAUAGUAGGUGGUUUUAACGGCCAGGAAGUGUUGAGUUCGGCUGAAGUGUUCGACCCUGAAACGAAGCAAUGGAGUUUCAUCAGAUCGAUGCAAAGCCCGCGGUCAGGCGUCAGUCUUAUAGCUUACAGAGAUUCCUUGUACGCUCUUGGCGGUUUCAAUGGUUACAGUCGUCUUAAUACUGGGGAACGAUUUUGUCCUCAACGUGGGGGCGAUUGGCAGGAAGUAACAGAAAUGUUCAGCGCUAGAAGUAAUUUUGCCACCGUUCUGCUUGACGAUAUGAUCUUCGUCAUCGGAGGGUUCAAUGGCUCAACGACAAUUCCUCACGUCGAAUGUUACGAUGGCGAUACAAUGGAAUGGUAUGACGCUGCACCAAUGAACUUAACGAGAUCAGCUCUUAGUGCGUGCGUAUUAGCUGGACUGCCGAACGCCCGCUCCUUCUCUUACCUCGCUAAAGCUGUUCCAGCAGCCGGCGCUGAUCAGGCCCACCAUUCCUAA